UGUACUCAGGUAGGGACACAGUAGCGGCUAGGAAUUCUCUGAUUCCCUGGUGUGGCCUACGCGUGAUUUUCGGGUUCCUGACCACUCUCUGAAAUUGCUGAAGCAAGGGUAGUCAGUGCUGAGCCAGUCAGUGACUCCCAGGUAAGACUGGAAGGACCGAAAGGUGACUGAGUGAGUGAGCACAUUGCAAAGCGCUGUUGACACUAGGGCAGGAGGGGGGGUGGUAAAUGCAUCGGCUUCCGGGUUAGAAAAGUAAACGUAUUUAGUUUUUGCUUUCGCAUUGAAUCCCGGAGCAGCGUGUGAUGAUUUCGCCGGAAAGCUGCAGUUGCAUCGUCUCUGCGGGUUUGCGGAGUGAAGCCGGAGUUACCGGGUACUGGGACGGAGCGCGGAGCUGCAGCGGGCUCCUCCUGGACCGCCAGCGGGGGCUGGUGCUCUGCCAUGCCCAGAUCCUCUCCCCUUUCCUCCGGCAGCAGCAGCAGCUCAGCCGCCAGCCCUUCCUGCUUCCUGGGGCUUUCCACAGGGAUCUGCAGAUCCAGGUCCAGUUCCGCGCCAGGACCAGCCCAGGAGGAGGCCGAACCGAACCCCGCUCUGAGCCCCUGUCAGAGAGCCCCAGCCCUGACCUGAACCCAGAGGUGCCAGCCUCAGGGCUGGUGAGGUCCCAGGGCUACGGCCCUGCCACUUUUCUGGUGGCUUUCCCUUGCCUGGAAUUUCGGGAAGCCUUCCAGAGUUUGUACCAUGAGGCAGACCAAUGGCACUUCUCCCUCGAUGACCAGGAGGCUGCCCUCGAGGACCUGGCCUGGUUUGGUUUGCUGCAGUGCCCAAGCUGGGCAAGGGGCUCCCAGGGUGGAGAAAGCCUGCAGUACGUGAGCAGUGAACUCCUGAGAAAAGGGCAGACCCUGUUCAGCUGUGCAUCCCCAUUCGCCAGCUUCUGGUCAGAGGUCUUCAUGAACACAUUCAGUAAAGGGAUCGUGAGUAAUCUGGCUGGAGAGCGCAACGCGGUGAUCUUGACCGAUGCUCGCUGUCUGCCUGGGACUGAAGGAGGUGGCAUUUAUCUCAAGCUGCACGGUCUGUACUAUUUAGCAGGUUUGAUCGCCGCUCCACUGUGCUGGAAGGCCCACGAGUGGGUUGGAUUGACACUGGUGUGUUCUAUCACCUGCAUAUUCAAAGCCAUCAGAAGGAUUUGGAAUGCCCUCGAUAAGAAUGGCAAAAGCGUGUCAUUUUGCCCAAUGUCUGGUCACUUGCCCCUGCCCAGCUCAAGGUGGCAGGGUGUCCUGACCCAACUGUUUGGUGUAGUUGCCCUUUUGGAGAGUGAUGGAGUGUGGGGUUCGGGAGUGGUCAUCAGUCCAAGGUUAAUACUUACAUGUCGUCAUGUGUUGGGCCGGGCAUCGGCUGUCGAAGUGAAAAUACAGCCUGACUCGGGCAGCUGCCUUGCAUCGAAGGGAAGAGUGUUGUUUGCUACAAAAGACAAUUCAGCCUAUGAUGUCGCAUUGGUGGAACUGGAAAAAGACCUGCUGUAUGUUGAAGUACCUGUUGCUGCUUCAGCGUUUAACACAGGAGAGGAUGUCUGUGUCAUUGCCUAUGGGGUGUUUGGCCAGAGCUGUGGGCCUUCAGUGACAGCUGGAGUUCUCUCUGCAGUGAUCACAGUGGACCAGCAGCCAGCAAUGCUUCAGACAACAUGCGCAGUUCAUGCUGGGACCAGUGGGGGCCCUGUCUUUAGAACAAGCAGCGGAGAGUUACUGGGCAUUGUAUCUAGCAACACCCGAAACAACAGUGCAGGAGCCUGCUAUCCCCACCUAAACUUCAGCCUUCCUAUCACUGUCCUGCAGCCUUUGCUUUCUCGUUACAAACAAACAAGGGAUGCUGCGGUCUUUGAGGAACUGAACCAAGUGAAUGAUCGCAUGUGCGCUCUUUGGAGACCCCAGGACGGCUUCCUGAUUACUCCGAAGAGCAAACUCUAAUUGUGAUGGGUCACCCAGGAUUUUGAUAAUUUUGACCCCUCGUUGAACGUCCAAGAUGCUUUUGGGAGAUUAGUCUCAUAAAGUUGAAAAUAAUGAGGAGCUUGUCUUCCCUGGCUCUGGAAACAAUGAUGUGGAAUGUAUCGAGAUCUGUUGGUCAUGGAUUACCUGAUCCAGAUUUAAAUCUAAGAAAGAUGGAGAAAGUGUUAAAGCUGUAACCUCAUCCCUGACUUUCAGAUGAUGCAGAACCUUGAUUUCUCAAUAUUCAAAGUGACUUGAAUUUUGCAAGAGAUUUUUGUAGGAAGUGGAAUAGGUCAUUCAGCCCCUCAAGCCUGUCAGCUUGAGAUCUGAAUGUUUUGUGUAAAUCACAGCAAUGUGAAAAGCUGUUUUCUUUCAUUAGCCAACUCCACUGUCCCUCUCAUUUACUGUCAUAAAGUUGGAAAGCAUUCUGGUCUUGCAACACAGAGGAAAGGAAGGAAGUGAUGAUCACAGACCCAAUUUAACAGGGAGUAUUGAAGAUUGUGAACCUUAAACAUUCUAAUUAAAUCAAGUGGAACUGAAUAAAUCUUUCCGAAACCA